AUUUGCAGCGAGAAAAUGUAUAAAGCUGGAUCCUCUGCUAGCACUGAUAUCCUUUUUGGUGAUGGUGGCUUAAUUUGGGGUUAUGAGCAUCCCUCCUCACCCGACCAGAUUAUUCAAUCGUCUUUUAUCGAAGAGAUGAGCACUGUGAGCAAUGAGGUUAAAGAUUUACUGGAGACAAUUAAGUCAAGAGAAAGGGAGUUGAAGGAACAAGAAAACCAAGUUUAUAAGCAGCAACUUAAAGUUGAUUUAAAGGAGAAAGGUCUGAUAAAUCUCCAGGAAAAGGUGAACGGUGAGAUGGCUAAGUUGGAAAAGGGAGCAUUGGACACAGUUGUUACUCUCCAGAAUUCGAUUGUAGAGUUAAAGAAAGAAAAUCAAAGGCUGAAGGAUUCUUUUCAGAGUAUGUCAAAGAACCAUGCUGCUCUGAAAAGCGAGGUUGAGGUUGUGCAGUCCAAAAACGCCAAGCUAGAAAAACAGUUAUCAAGUGCUAAUGGGAGGAUCAAAAACUUGAUAAAAAUACAAAAUGCUAAGAUCAAAGAAAUCUCAGAAAAUAAAGAAAACGUUCAAUCCCCACCAAAAGGAAAAAGGCUCACCAAAACAAAACCUCAAGUCCAAAGAGAAGACACCAGGAAUCCAGAAUUAGUAAAAAUCUUGAUGAGGGCUCUUUCUAACAUUGAUCAAGAAUACUUUUCGUCUCUAUUUGAAGAAGCAUUUCAAAAUCAGCACACAAGUCUCCUAUCAUCCCUUACAACAUACCUCAAGCAAGUUACACAAAGCUCUGCUGUUGUCCAAUAUCCAGUGCUGAAACUCACACUGAAGUGUAUUGGAGUGAUGGCUGAAUCCGAGUCCAGCUCUCCCACGAUCAAGGUUAUAUUCAGGAAGAUUGCGGAGGUACUGGGUUCGGAGGGCCAGUAUUCUAACAGUGCUCAUCUUCACAGUAGACUUCUCAGUUGUCUAAUCCUAUCUAAAACCUCCCUCCAGAUACAGUCACUACAGAAGUCACUCAAACAGAUUGUAACAGAUGUGCAGGAGGAGGGGGCAGCUGAUAUCAUUCUGGAUAACUCAGGCCAUUAUGUCUUACUGAGUUGUCUGACAGAUCCAAUCCAAGUCAAGUACAUUCUUAACAUUCUGAUCCUGCUGACCCUAAACUCUGGUCCCACAGACCAAAUAUUUCCUGCUCUGGUGCCUUAUCUGGACAGAUUGUUAGAGCUAAUGGAGGAGGGGGACACAGAAAUAAUCACCAGUGUUUCCAUACUUCUUCAGCGAGUUUCAUCUCUCCAACCUGCCAAGUACAGGUUGAAACAGAGUGCCAGCUUACUGAGAAGAAUGAUAACUGAACAUAGUUGUAGUAAUAGUUUAGUAGUGUUGAAUUGUAAAGCUGUCUUGAUGAAUAUUGAUUGUUUUAGACAAAUUCCUGGUGGAAGUUGAGUGAUACAUUUGAUUGUUUUCAAUUUACUUCAAUCUGCAUUAUGAGGAGUAAGAUUGGUCGGUGAAUCUUUUUGUUGACAUGAUCCAUAUCCUAGAUGACCUUAUACACAUAAACAAUUGACAUAAUAUAAUUAUACAGAAAUAAGUUUGGAAUCGGAAAUUUCAGUAUUAUUUGUAAUGUUACUUACAGACUUUGUAUAUAAUAUAAAUUAUAGUUAAUGAAAUUAAUAAUUUAUGGUUUACAAAAAUAGAUCUAUAUUACAAUGAAGAUAAUGGUGAUUACUGAUUUUGUAUUUAAUUUU